AACUGGCGUCUACAUUUCUUUCUCCGUCUCACCUAGUUUUUAUCAUUAGGUGUUAUGGCUUCUCCACAGAUGCCCAUCAAAUUUCAGGAACAUUUGCAGUUAGUUAAUGUUGGAAUUCAGCCUACCAGCAUAGGAUUUAGUACUUUGACUAUGGAAUCGGAUAAGUUUAUUUGUGUCAGGGAAACUACAGGUGAGACGUCACAAGUUGUAAUUAUUGAUAUGAAUGAUCCAAUGAAUCCUACUCGUCGUCCUAUUUCUGCCGAUACAAUAAUAAUGAACCCCGUAAGCAAGGUAAUGGCUUUAAAAGCUGGAAAGUUGUUACAAAUUUUCAACAUCGAACUGAAAAGCAAAAUGAAGACAUACACCAUGCCAGAAGAUGUCGUAUUUUGCAAGUGGAUAUCCGUGAACACCAUUGCACUCGUAACUGGCACAAGCGUUUAUCACUGGGCUAUGGAUGGCGAUUCAAAUCCAGUCAAGAUGUUUGAUCGUCACCAGUCUCUGACGUCUACUCACAUCAUAAGCUAUCGUUGUGAUCCAAGUCAGAAGUGGUUGUUGCUUAUCGGAAUAAAUCCAGAAAAAAACCGAGUUGUUGGGUAUAUGCAGUUAUAUAGCGUGGAGCGCAAAGUUAGUCAAGCGAUAGAGGGCCAUGCCGCUGCAUUUGCUCGUUACAUACUUGAGGGGAACACCAGUCCCACCACGUUGUUUUGUUUUGCCUCACGAAAUGCCCAAGCGUGCAAAUUACACAUAAUUGAAGUUGGCCAACCACCUGCAGGGAACCAACCAUUUACUAAGAAAGCUAUUGAUGUUUACUUCCCACCAGAAGCUCAGACCGACUUUCCUGUUGCAAUGCAGACCUCGCCAAAGUACAGCAUCAUAUACUUGAUAACGAAAAGUGGGUACCUACACCUUUAUGAUAUUGAAAGCGGAUCAUGUAUAUAUAUGAAUCGGAUAAGCAGCGAGACUAUUUUCGUAACAGCUCCCUAUGAACCAACUUCCGGUAUCAUUGGCGUGAAUAAGAAAGGGCAGGUAUUAUCCGUCAGUAUCGAUGAAGAUACUAUCAUCAGUUACAUAACCACUACAUUGGAAAACCCUACACUUGCACUCCAAAUGGCUUCCAGAUGCAAUCUUCCUGGUGCAGAAGAUUUGUUUUUCAAAAAAUUCGAUUCUCUUUUUCAAUCCGGUCAAUUUCUAGAAGCUGCAAAGUUAGCAGCUAAUGCUCCUAAAGGUAUUUUGCGCACUCCACAGACAAUUCAACGUUUUCAACAGAUGUCAACUACACCAACGGUAGCAUCGGCCCUGUCGAAUUAUUUUGGAAUUCUACUUGACCAAGGUCAGCUUAACAAGUUCGAAAGUCUGGAGGUUUGUAGACCAGUUUUACAACAGAAAAGGAAACAGUUGUUGGAAAAGUGGUUGAAGGAGGACAAAUUAGAAUGUUCAGAGGAGUUAGGUGAUCUUGUUAAGCAGGCGGACCCUACAUUAGCUUUGUCCGUCUACCUAAGGGCCAAUGUCCCACCAAAGGUUGUACAGUGUUUUGCGGAAACUGGCCAGUUUCAGAAAAUCAUCGUUUAUGCAAAGAAGGUCGGCUACACACCAGAUUAUAUUUUUCUGUUACGCAACCUAACUCGUAUCAACCCAGACCAAGGUUUGCAGUUUGCCCAAAUGUUGGUUCAGGAUCAAGAACCUUUAGUUGAUUUAGAACAAGUUGUAAAUGUGUUUAUGGAUCAAGGUUUGGUGCAACAAUGUACAUCAUUCUUACUGGAUGCAUUAAAGCAUAAUCGACCUUCUGAGGGACAUCUCCAAACUCGUCUAUUAGAAAUGAAUCUAAUGUCAGCACCUCAGGUUGCGGAUGCAAUUUUGGGCAACCAAAUGUUUUCGCAUUAUGAUCGGGCAGCUAUUGCUCAGUUGUGUGAGAAAGCGGGGUUGUUGCAGCGGGCUUUGGAACACUAUACUGAUCUUUACGACAUCAAACGGGCUGUCGUAAGUACACAUUUAUUAAAUCAUGAGUGGCUUGUCAAUUAUUUUGGCUCACUUUCUGUCGAUGAUUCGUUGGAGUGUUUGAGAGCUAUGCUACAGGCAAACAUUAGACAAAAUCUCCACGUCUGUGUCCAGAUUGCUACUAAGUAUCACGAACAGUUGGGGACAAAUGCGCUUAUCGAAAUUUUCGAAUCAUUCAAAUCAUUUGAAGGCUUGUUUUAUUUUUUGGGGUCUAUUGUUAAUUUUAGUCAAGAACCUGAAGUUCAUUUUAAAUAUAUUCAAGCUGCCUGUAAAACCGGACAAGUCAAAGAAGUUGAACGUAUUUGUCGCGAAAGCAAUUGUUAUGAACCAGAACGAGUUAAAAAUUUUCUUAAGGAGGCAAAACUUACGGAUCAAUUACCUCUUAUUAUUGUCUGCGAUCGCUUCGAUUUUGUUCAUGAUCUCGUCCUUUAUUUGUUUCGUAAUAAUUUGCAGAAAUACAUUGAGAUUUAUGUGCAAAAAGUUAAUCCAGCCCGUUUACCAGUAGUUGUUGGAGGUCUUUUAGAUGUUGAUUGUUCAGAGGAUAUAAUAAAGCAAUUGAUGGCCGUUGUUCGUGGUCAGUUCAAUACUGAUGAACUUGUUGCAGAGGUGGAAAAGCGCAAUCGGCUGAAGUUAUUACUGCCAUGGCUCGAAUCACGUGUACAUGAAGGUUCUGUUGAGCCUGCUACACACAAUGCCCUAGCAAAGAUUUACAUUGACCUUAAUAACAAUCCUGAACGUUUCUUGAGAGAAAAUCAGUAUUAUAAUAGCUCUGUUGUCGGUAAAUACUGUGAAAAGCGUGAUCCACAUUUGGCGUGUAUUGCAUAUGAACGUGGACAUUGUGACCAAGAUCAAAUCAGAGUUUGCAAUGAAAACGCAUUAUUCAAAACUGAAGCUCGUUACUUAGUUAGACGGAAAGAGCCGGAGCUGUGGGCAGAAGCUUUGAGUGAAUCCAAUAGUUACCGUCGACAAUUAAUUGAUCAAGUUGUUCAGACAGCACUUUCUGAAACCCAAGAUCCUGAAGAGAUAUCCGUUUCUGUUAAAGCGUUUAUGGCUGCAGAUAUGCCGAAUGAACUAAUUGAACUUCUGGAAAAAAUAGUUUUGGACAAUUCAGUAUUUUCUGAUCAUCGCAACCUUCAAAAUCUUUUAAUUCUAACUGCAAUUAAAGCUGAUAAAAGUCGUGUCAUGGAAUACAUUAAUCGCUUAGAUAAUUAUGAUGCUCCAGAUGUUGCUAACAUAGCCAUAAAUAAUUCUCUUUUUGAAGAAGCAUUUGCCAUUUUUAAGAAAUUUGAAGUCAACACAUCCGCUAUACAGGUUUUGAUUGACCAUGUCAAGAAUUUUGAUAGGGCCUAUGAAUUUGCUGAACGCUGUAAUGAACCAGCUGUCUGGAGUCUUCUAGCGCAUGCUCAGUUAGCUCAAGGCUCCAUAAAAGAAGCCAUUGACUCAUAUGUGAAGGCGUCUGAUCCUAGUCGAUUCCAAGCAGUUUCCGAAGCUGCUUCAAACUCUGGUAAUUGGGAAGAUUUAGUUCGUUAUCUCCAAAUGGCACGAAAGAAAGCCCGUGAGACGUUUAUUGAGUCAGAGCUCGCCUUCGCCUAUGCAAGGACUAAUCGUUUGUCAGAUCUUGAAGAGUUCAUUUCAGGACCAAAUCAUGCCAAUAUUACUGUUGUAGCCGAUCGUUGUUUUGACCAACAACUAUACGAGGCAGCUAAGAUAUUAUAUUCGAACGUUAGCAACUAUUCCCGCCUAGCAAUAACUUUGGUUCACUUAGGUGAGUAUCAGGGAUCUGUGGAUGCUGCUCGAAAAGCAAAUUCAACACGCACUUGGAAAGAAGUAUGUUUCGCUUGUGUAAAUCACAAGGAAUUUCGUUUGGCUCAAAUGUGCGGUCUACAUAUUGUUGUACAUGCAGAUGAAUUAGGCGAUCUUAUUAAUUACUAUGAACAACGUGGUCACUUUGAUGAACUUAUUCAGCUUUUAGAAGCUGGUUUAGGUUUGGAACGAGCACAUAUGGGAAUGUUCACUGAGCUGGCAAUAUUGUAUUCAAAGUUUAAGCCAGAGAAAAUGCGGGAACAUUUGGAGCUUUUCUGGUCUCGCGUCAAUAUUCCAAAGGUUCUUCGUGCUGCUGAACAAGCCCAUUUAUGGUCGGAAUUAGUAUUUCUUUAUGAUAAGUAUGAAGAGUAUGAUAAUGCGAUUCUUACAAUGAUGAGUCAUCCAACUGAAGGAUGGAGAGAAAAUCAUUUCAAAGACUUAAUAACACGAGUUGCUAAUGUAGAAUUAUAUUAUAAAGCGAUCCAAUUCUACUUGACUUACAAACCGCUGCUUUUAAAUGAUUUACUCACGGUCUUAUCACCACGUUUGGACCAUACACGUGCAGUAAAUUUCUUCAUCAAGGCAGGGCAUAUUGCUCUAGUUAAACCUUAUUUGCGGUCUGUUCAACAAAAUAACGCAAAUAACAAAUCAGUCAACGAGGCUUUAAACGAUUUGUUAAUCGAAGAAGAAGAUUAUCAAGCUUUAAGGCAAUCUAUUGAAACUCAUAGUAACUUUGAUCAUAUUGCGUUGGCUCAACAGUUAGAGCGUCAUGAACUCAUUGAAUUCCGUCGUCUUGCUGCUUUACUGUUUAAAGGUAGUAAUCGGUGGAUGCAAAGUAUCGACCUAUGUAAACGUGAUCAGUUGUAUUCUGACGCUAUGCAAUAUGCCUGGGAUUCUCGGGAUCCUGAGACAGCUGAGGAAUUACUUCGUUGGUUCCUUUCCGAAAAUCUUCCAGAUUGUUUUGCAGCCUGUCUCUACCGUUGUUACGAUCUACUGCGUCCAGAUGUUGUCUUGGAACUUGCUUGGCGCAAUGGACUUAUUGACAUGGCUAUGCCAUUCUUAAUUCAGACUUUGAGAGAAUUAACAACAAAAGUGGAUCGUCUAGAACGCUCCGAACAAACACGUGCUGCGGAGGAAGAGAAAGCUGAACAGGCAGUUAAUCCGCUAGUGAUGCGAACUGAACCUCAGCUAAUGUUACCAGGACCAGCAGGAUCUAUGCCAGCUGCCUUAAUCCCACCAGCGGGCGCAGCGAUUGGGAUGUUUGGAGUUACUGGCCCACAAAUGUAUUAUCAAACAAACGGACCAUCUUUUUAAAAUGGUUUUUAUCUAUUGUGAUACAUUAAACUUGUUAUCAGACUGUUAUCUGUUUAUUACUUAUAUAAUUUUUUCUUUAGCCGAAAUGUGCUGGUUUCCUGUUUUAAAGUUUAAUCUGUCUGCCAAAAUUUCCAACUAUUGAUAAUUGGUUGUAAAAGGUGGGUUUUUAAUCAAAAGUUCCAUGUUUAUGACCAUGUUAAAAGUCUCAAAUUUGCUUAAAUAGUUUAUUUUCUACUGGUUCUGAAACUCAGUGCUUUCUUUAAUUAGUGAUUGGGAACCUGCAAAACAUGAUUAUCUACAAAUUGUAUAGUAUUACUAUAUAUCAACGUUAAAUAGCUUGUAAUUGAUGAAGUCAUGGGAAUCUCAACUUUUGAUAUGGUUGAAUGCUCUACGGAUUUCUGUUUGGAUUGUUUCGCUUCAGUGAUUUCCAUUCAUUCGCUAUUAAUCAACGUAAAUACUGAAUGGAUUGUGCAAAAGUUGUUAAUUUUAAAAGUUCUACCGAAUGUUGUUUUUAACGACGAGUGGUCAUGUAUGGGACCAAUAACGAAAAUCAAUAUAUGCUGCAUGGCUUUUCUAUUGUAGAUAUCACUACUUGUCAGAUGACCGAAUUUAUUUUGUUACUUUGAUGUGAUUGUACUGGGUUUUUAAUUAAUCUAUAUUAAGCGGCUGAUAUUUUCAGUGCGAUAUAACUUGGGCUUCUAUAUCACAUAGAACAAUUAUAUUAAUUUUCCUUUAUGCUUUCUGAUUGUCAGCUACCUUAAAAAUAUAGCUUGUAAACAUCUAGAUAAGUAAUGUACCAAAUCGAAUUCGCAUGUCAAAACUUUAAUGCCUCAUAAUGUGUGUAUUUAAUUGGAUGUAUCCUGCUAAACCUUCAGUAACAAGAAAAUUCUAACUCAUUAUACAAUCAUAGCUGAUGCUAUGCUCUACGGAUUCACACAAGUAAUAAGUGGUACAUCCUGGUUUGAAGCACUUAGACCUUAGCGUAAUAAUAUCUCAUCAUCGUCACUGCGUUCUCAAGUUUUGAGUUAACCAUGUUAUUUUCAUAAAUUGGUUAACGUUAAGAUUUUUGUGUGUAUAAAUAAGGACGGGAAAUUUGAAAGUUCUGAACAUUUGUAAUCAACAGAAGUUUACUUACAAUUAUAGUCUUAAUAAAAUAGUUGUUCUCUUCAUUAAUUUUUUCCGAAACCAUUAUCUAUACAUUCGAAGCGAUUUUAUUUUUAUUACAUCGUUCACUUUUUAAUAGCUUGAUCUUAUGUAUAUAUGCUUUCGCAGUUAUUUCACAAUGGUACUCUUGUUUUUCAUAUUUUUUCCUUUCUUAGGCGCCUCUUCCUCUCCAGUUAAAGAGUACUCAAAAGAGAUGCAGCCUUCUCCAAUGAUUAAUUUUUAAAAUUUGUAGUAAAAAUAAUUAUGUAGCGUAAACAAACCGUUCAUUGGUCAACGGUUAAGAUAUGUUUCAUGUAUCAUUAUUGUAUUAAUAUGAUUGACAUAUGUUUGUGAUUGUUUCUCUGAAUAUGUUAGUAUAUUCACAUUCUAAACAUUUCCCAACUUCAAAAUUAAUGUAUUCUCGUUCGAAUGAGGGAACGUCUAUUCAUUCCAUUUAUGUCCAGUCUUUUUGGCCAAUUCAUCAAAUCAUUGUUGCAACUAUUUCAUUACUUAUUUAUUCAUAAUAAUUGCUCUUAUUGUAAUAAUUUUUUCUUCGUAGGUCAUUUUCUCUUUUUUCUUUCUCAGUGGUGUCUAUCACCCACUUUUUUAAAAAACUUCGUGUGAUGCGUUAUAGGGAUGCUCACGUUCAUCAUUAUAUUUAUUAUCCUUUGGAGCUUGAACAAGUAGUAAAUUACUCAAUAUACUUGGAAUCGAAUAUCACUGUUUGAGAACUUAUUAAUUCGUCUGUAUUUAUAAUCUAAAGGUACUCCUAUACAUCUGAUAUUAUCCAUUUAUAAUGAAGUCUCUCAUCAGAAAAUAUAUAUGAUUUCACAGUUUUG